AUGUACGUGUUCAGCGCCGAGUCCCGGCAGAACGCAAUUUCCGGACAGAAGAGGAAGACGGCUACCAGGGCCACCGCAGGAUAUGGCGACCAGGUAGAAGGUCCACCACCACCUGAUCGUGCGCGUGAUCUUGCCGACGAGGAUGGGUGUGAAGAAGGCGCCGCCGAAAACUGCCAGUAUAAGUCACCCACGGCGGCAUUGACCAGACUCUCGAAUGACGCGGUGCCCACGCCCUGGAUGAUGCACGCCCACAACCAGACUCGUGUAGCUGUACCCAGCAGCGCCGGCCCAUGCACUCGUCGCUACCAAGAUGACGGUGCCGAGGACGAACAGUUGCUGGAUACCUAG